AUGUCCACCUUCGCCGUUACGACUCGCCCUGCUUCCCUUCGCUCACGUCUGCCUCAGCGCACGGCUAGCCCAUCAGACUCGUCCAAUGACGGGAACGAAGUGCGACAGUCUAACAGGGUCGCCGCCGAGACGUUCUACGACCAGGCCUCCGAUAUCCACCGCCAGAUCGAUGCGCUCUCCUCCGACCUAGACCACAUCCGCGCCCUCUCCUCGCGCCUCCUCGUCCUGCACCCAAACGACCUCGCAACGCCUACCCUCGCACUCGACCUGCGCGACGAUCUCCUCCGCGCCGCCGAAGAUCUCAAGGGCAUUGACGAGGAUACGUUCGAGUUGUGGAAGGAGACGGAGAGUGUCGGUGAGGCUGUGCGGAAGGGCGAGUACAGGUUCGAGAAUGUGCGGGAUCAGCUUGGGGAAGCGGAGGAGAGGGAGGAGGAAGUGCGGGGUUUGGCGAGACGGUUUACGAGGAGGGUUAAGGAGAUCAAGCGUGAGGCGAGGGGCGAGAAGAGCGAUAGGAAGGAGGCGAGGGAGAGGAAGGAGCCGGAGAAGCUGGGGGAUUACCUCGAGCCAGGCGCCUACUCCUUCCCGCACCUUCUGACGAAGGACACGGUGCACGCCUCGCGCUGGGUCGUCACGAACCCGUUCACUAUCCUCUCUCGACUGACCGACAACCUCAAGACGCUUAAAAUCCCUCAGCUGCUCGCUGCCGACGAGUCACCCUCGACCUUCGUCGCCUCCCAUACUCCGCCGCCGACGUACCCCGUCUCCUCCUUCCCCUCAUCUCCCUCCUUUCCUCCCUCACCCUUUCCCAACAACCCAACUCCAGCCGGGUCCCCUUCCCGCACCCGCCCCAUGCCAAACUGGAAACGCGCGAUCCUCGCGUCCCCCGCAGCGAAAGCCUCGCUCACUCGGCGUCCUUGGAGUCGGAGAUUGUAUGAUGAGGUCGCGCAGGAUAUGGACGAGGGGUGGAGGGAGGUGAGGGUUAGUACCGGGAGAGGACACAAGGAGCGGUGGAUCAUCUUCGCCAUCUUUGCUCUUAUCCCCUUCCUUAUCAUCGCCAACAUCAUCGAGAGCCUCAUCCUCUCGGCUCGUUCUCACUCGUCCGCCUCCUCAACUGACUCGACUAGCCAGCGGGGCGACUUGGGGUACUCGUUCUCGACUGUCGCGCCGACAAUGAUGGCUGGGGAGGACAAGCGCACACUCGCUGCGAUCGGAGACGCGGGACAGCAACGGGACAGCAGCAAGUGA